AUGAAAUGGAGCGCAAGCUUCGCUGGGUGAGCGGGGAACUACCCGAACCGCCCCCUCCCCCCAAACUCUCGCCGCGGGUCUUGACUCCGAGAGAGAUAAACAUAUUAGAGGAAAGGAUCGACUUCAUCGAAUCAGAAAUCCAGGAGAUAACAAAGAACGCCCAAAAUUUGAAGACGGAUUAUCUCGCUUUGAUCGAACUGAAAUUGCUUAUUGAAAAAACACAGACAUUUUUCCAAGACCACAGCGCGCAUAGAAAGAUAUCAGCGUCAGUACAAAUUUAUAAUAACGAAGGCGCAUUAGGACAUUUGGGUUUCAUUGCCGGUGUUGUGACGACGUCGAGGGUGCCUUCCUUUGAAAGAAUGCUAUGGAGGAUAUCGCAUGGAAAUAUUUUCUUCAAGCAAGCCCAAAUCGAUGAGCCACUGAAAGACCCUGUUACGGGUCAUGAACUGCAAAAGACUGUCUUCGUAGUAUUCUUCCACGGAGAACAAAUAAAGCUCAGGGUCAAAAAGGUGUGCAACGGUUUUCAAGCGACCCUGUAUCCCUGUCCAGCGACCUACAAGGAGCAACAAGAUAUGCUUGCUGGAAUAGAGACGAGAAUUAAAGAUUUGGAAAUGGUAUUAGAACAAACAGAACAGCACCGUAGAUUGGUUCUGGCGAACAUAGCGAGAGAUAUAAGCACGUGGAUGGUCGCGGUCAGGAAGGAGAAAGCCAUAUACCACAACCUAAAUAUGUUUAGUAUGGACAUCGUGAAAAAGUGUCUGAUAGCCGAGUGCUGGGUCCCUCGCUGUGAUUUACAUAUCCUACAAAAGGCUUUGGAUAAUGGUGUGAAGGCAAGCGGAAGUCCGAUCCCAUCGAUUCUCCAUCACGUACCAACGUUGGAAAUUCCACCAACCUAUAAUAGAACUAACAAGUUCACUCGAGGCUUCCAAACUCUUAUUGAUUCCUAUGGAAUCGCUAGCUACAGAGAGGUUAAUCCUGCGUUGUAUACAAUAAUAACAUUCCCGUUUCUAUUCGCCGUCAUGUUCGGAGACAUGGGACACGGGCUCAUUAUGACAAUAUUCGGCGCUGUCCUAAUUAUCAAUGAAAAGAACUUCCUAAAAAACAAAACGGAUAACGAAAUAUGGAAUAUAUUUUUCGGUGGUCGAUACAUUAUACUCCUGAUGGGACUGUUCUCUGUCUACACUGGCCUAAUAUACAAUGAUAUAUUUUCAAAGUCGCUUAAUAUAUUUGGUAGUAGUUGGCAGAAUGUAUACGAUGAGGGUACUUUGAGAAAUCGUAGCCUAUUCGAUUUGGACCCGAAAGAUUCUUAUAUGAAGAUACCAUAUCCUCUUGGAAUUGAUCCUGCGUGGCAAUUUGCCAAAAACAGCAUAAUAUUUCUGAACUCGUUCAAGAUGAAGCUGUCGAUAAUAUUCGGCGUGAUACACAUGGCGUUCGGGGUAACAUUGAGUGUGGUAAACUUCAACUUCUUCAAAAGAGCGGAAAUGAUUUUCUUGCAGUACAUACCGCAGAUAUUGUUUCUGUUGCUCCUGUUUUGGUACUUGUGUAUACUGAUGUUUAUGAAGUGGAUUAUGUAUUCGGCGGAUGCGACAGAUGAAGCCCUAGGUACAUAUUGCGCUCCAUCAGUACUGAUAAUAUUCAUAAACAUGAUGUUGCUGAAGGAGUCAACAGCGAAGGAGCCCUGUAAGCCCUUUAUGUAUGACGGACAAGAUAUUGUACAGAAGACCUUCCUAGCCAUCGCCUUCCUGUGCAUACCGAUAAUGUUGUUCGGUAAACCUGUUUAUCAAAUGAUGAUGGCGAAAAGACAAAAGCAAUACAGACAUGGCGUAGAGAGUGGUGAAGUAGUAAAGCAAGAGAGUCAAGAGGACGGUAUGGGUGAGAUAUUGAUCACGCAAGCCAUACACACCAUAGAGUACGUCCUGGGAGCUGUGUCGCACACGGCUUCGUAUCUGCGUCUAUGGGCCUUGUCUUUGGCUCAUGCUCAAUUAUCGGCAGUAUUAUGGCAAAGGUUGCUUACGAUGGGUUUGACCGGAGGUUCCGCGGUGAACGCUAUAGUGCUGUAUGUGAUAUUCGCCGUGUGGGCGUUCUUCACACUCGCGAUAUUGGUGCUUAUGGAGGGGUUGUCUGCGUUUUUGCAUACACUGCGCUUACAUUGGGUGGAAUUUAUGAGUAAAUUCUACGAAGGACACGGGUAUGCUUUUUUACCAUUCUCAUUUUCCGCGAUCCUCGAAGAUGAUAUUGACGUUAAGGAAAAGCCCAAUGGAGGACCACCCGAGUGACAUUGUCUUUAUCCGGGGAAAUUACAACCUUAUGACUAUAAAAACAGAUUAGAAGUGAGACGAAUUUGGCAUACAGACCCGAUCUCUUGAAAAAUCAAAAUGCCUUACAAAAUUAGACAUAUUUUUCUAGUGGACUUAGUGUAAUGUUUUACGAAAGAUUUUAGUUCGAAAUUAUUUUAAACAAAUGGCCUUUAUUAAGUAGCUAGUUAUUCACAAACGGACUUUUUCAUGUUAUGUGAGAGAUAAUGUUUUAGCAAAUUUGAACUUUUUAGGACUUUAUUGUUGACACGAAAUUUAAACCCGAAUGCUUGCUGUUUACACUUUAAUACAUUUACGCAAUUUGUUGAAAUAAUUUUAACUAUUAUUAGGAGAUAAUGCUAUAAAUAUCCACUAACAUAUAUAGCCUUAUAUCGUGUAACAUUUGGUAAAAAUCCUAUGGUUCUUAAACGGUCCUUAGUCUAUGACUACUAAUAGUAAUAUUUAUAGUAUAUAUAGUACUAUCUUAAACUAGGUACUUUUUUGUGCCAUAAUUGUUAAAACAUCGAUUAUAAAUCGAAUAGUUUAAAAUACGCAACGCUUUUUGCGAUUUUUA